AUGGCUCCUCAAUUCUGUGAUAGCUGUGGGAUGAUUCUUGAUGAAUUGGCGAGUACAACUAUACAAUGCGAUGUCUGUGGAGAGCUGAACACGAACAGGCUGCUCACCCAGACAAAGGAUAUUAUAUCUACUUCCAGCAAUUUCCCCUCGAGCCUACGUGCAAAGAGAUCCCAGGUACAGGUUUCGACCGUCCAAGCGCGUGAGAGUAGGACAAUCCAGGUGGACUGUGAAAAGUGCGAUGCAAAGGAAGUCACCUGGUCGGAGAUGCAACUGAGAAGUGCGGAUGAAGGAAGCACAAUAUUCUAUCGUUGUUCAAAAUGCGGUCAUAAGUGGACUCAAAAUAAUUAA